CUCUCAUUUGGCGUCGGUUUUCUUAGCGGUAUAGUUCGACAAGCGUCCUCGCUCUUCUUGUUUGCAACUUUUUCGGUGAAUAGUCCCACAAAUCGCACUCAAAAUGACGGAUGUUUCUGCUAAAACUGAAAAGACCGCGGUCGCUAACGAGAAAGAGGUCGAGUCCGACGAAGCGACGCCACAAGUUGCGCCGGCCGACGCAACAGAGGAAUCCACUGCCGCCAAGAAUGACAAAUCCACCGACAAAACUGACGCAGCUGCCGCCGCCGACGCCACCGACGAGGUAGCGGAGAAAAACGGCAAAGAGGAGACCGCCGCUGCCGCCGCCACUAAAGACAACGGUGUCGCCACCGAGGAGGACGCGUCGGAGGCCGAACCGAAAGAGUCCGCCGAGGACGAUGACGACGAUGAGGAGGAGGACGGUAAGGACGAGGGUGCCGACAAAGCCGCCGAAGCCACCAAGAGGAAAGCGCCCGAGGCGGCGAAGGCCGACGGUGCCGCCGAGGUGGACGGUGCUGAGGAACACACGACACCCGAAAAGAAGGCCAAGCUAGACGACAGCAGCGAUGCUAAAGCUGCCGAAGAAGUUUCCACUUAGAAAACAACAAACCGUAUAUAAAACUAACUUUAUAAUAAUCAUCAAAAAUGUCUCAUUCAUCCUUUGAAUAAAAGACUUCCAGAAAAAUCUCCAUUUUCGGGAAGAAACAAAA